AAUAGCUUAUUUGCUCUGACAACACAAUAUAACAUUAUGGAUAGAUUUGUUUAUUAAUGUAUGCCAGUGUGGUUUAAAUAAAUCAAGUAGUGCAACAUGUCAGUUUGCCCAGUGGUAAUGUGUUUCCCUUGAUGCGUUUGUGCCGAUCUCCGCCCUUCACAUUGACAUUUCGAGCAUGUGUGAAUGAGGCGGCGGUGCGCGAGGCUCACGCAGUUUUGUUUUGUUAUGUUUUCUCUGUGUUUGGCGAUCUGACACAACGAUUUCCCAGAUGGCGUUUUAAUUCACCAGGCUCUAUUGUAAGGAUUCGUCUAUUGUAAUUGCAUCAUGACAUCGGUUUGGAAGAGACUUCAGCGCGCUGGCAAAAGAGCCUCGAAGUUUCAGUUUGCUGCGUCCUUUCAAGAACUCACUGUAGAGUGCACGAGAAAGUGGCAGCCAGACAAACUGAGAGUGGUAUGGACCAGACGAAACAGACGCAUUUGCUCCAGGCUUCAUGGCUGGCAACCAGGUAUAAAGAAUCCAUACAGGGGGACGGUGGUCUGGCAGGUUCCUGAAAACAUUGACAUUACACUCACUCUGUUUAAGGAUCCAAAUGCAGAUGAAUUUGAGGACAAAGACUGGACAUUUAUCAUAGAGAAUGAAACAAAGGGCCAUCGGAAAGUUUUAGCAUCAGUUGAUGUAAACAUGAAGGAGUACGCAAGUGCGACGCCGGCUCAGUUUGAACUUGUCCUUAAACUGAAGCCUCUGUCUGUGAAAGUGGUGGAUGUAACACUCAAACUCACUCUGUCCUGUGUCUUCCUGAAAGAGGGCAAAGCCACUGAUGAAGACAUGCAGAGUUUGGCCAGUCUGAUGAGUUUAAAGCAGUCUGAUGUUGGAAACCUGGAUGACUUCAAUGACAGUGAUGAAGAAGAGGACAAAAGAAUGAGUACAGCAGUGAAAAUGGCCACGGCUGUAAUAGCUCCUCAUCCCUCUGCUAGAAUACACGACAAGGCCUGGAGACCUGCUGUAGACACAGGCCCCUCUGACACAGAUCAUUCUAAAAUGGAGGGAACAAAUUGUACCUUCAUUACACCAAACGUUCCACUCCGCCCCCUGUCAUGCACUGCACCUGACCCUAUUGCCAAACCCCUCUCCACUUCCUGUAUCCAACCCCUUCAUGCUGCUGGCAGUGGUCCGCAGACACGCCCCUCACCCUACGCCUUCACUAUACCUGCAUUCAUGCGAGCCCAUCCACCGGCCCUGCCCAGAAUCUUCCAGCCUCCAGCAGGCUCAGUUGCUGUAUCUGUCCCCCGAAGGCCCUGCAGGGGUCUUGUAAAUUCUGAGCAAAUUGAAACCACUGGUUCUGCUGAGGGUGCUGUAGCACCUCACAUGCUACCCAUCACUUCUCCUCCUGGGCUUACAAUACCCCCUUUUCCUAUUUGCUCUGCUCAAACAUGCUCGUCCCCUCAGCAGACACCAUUGCCGGAUAUUACCCACACAGCCAAACUUUCUUCUGCUCAAGGCAAAUCCAGGAGACCUCAUAGUUUCCCUUCUUUUCCAUCUUCCCCUUCUACUCCUGACCCUGCCCUCUCUGACUUUGGUUCCUCAAAUAAUUCCAUGACUCUAACACGGCCCUCAAAAAUAUAUCGCACCUCAUUGGCUGAGCCAGGUUCUGCCCUCACAAAGCCUACAAGUAUGCCCUGUGCCACAGAGACAGCCUCUUGGCAAAGAGAGUGGAGGUCUCCCAAACUGCAGCCUGCUCUGUGCCCUGUUCCCUCUACCUCAGCAGAACAUAUUAACCCUAUGCAGGACUUGCAGCCAACGUGCCACUCAGCCUCAACUGCCUCCUAUUUUCCUGCACAAACCACUUUCCUAAUGGAUGCCCCUCUGCCUGCUUUAUCUUCAUCCCAUGUGCAUUCUCCUUCCCUCGUGGUUCCCCAACCAAUAAAACAUGUGCCCUUUACUGUUACCCCCAACUCUGCUGUAACAUCUCCCAUUGUUGUUUCAUCCUCUGAGAUACUCAACACGGUUUCUGCCUCUACCCCUUGCACUCAAAUCCUCCCAACUGCCAGCAUCUCCCCUCUUUCAGCCUCAUUUGCUUUCUCUGCAAUUGCCCCUGCUAUACCAUCUAGUUCUUCAUCUACCCCAAAACCAUGUGUUUCUGCUUUCUUGUCAUCUGUUCUUCGCACCAUUUCUGAUACACCGAUUUGUUCCUCUCCUGAUGUUGGGCCUGUGGUUGCUCCACCUGUUGUCUCCGAGUCAGUGUUGACCUCAGACCCUUUUCAAGGGGUCCAGACGUUUGAAUGGAGGCAUCAGGUUGUGCCCACAGUGAUUCGACCUUAUGUGCGUAGACCUAUAGCCCCCUUUCCAGUGGAAGCACCUAGCUCUCCUUUUUCUCCUGUCAAUCUUUCUUCACUCUGUUUUAAACCCACUGAUUCCCACAUUUAUAACCAAUCCUCCACUGCAUCCUCAGAUAUUGGCUUCAUUUCUGACUCAGUCACAGAGAAACACAGACAUUUAAGUGUAUUAACAGAGGAGGAAUAUCCAAAUACAGUGUGUUCUGAGGAUGCAGACACUGAACUUGAUGUUCCUCAAAACCAUGAACCUCACCCUUCCAAAACUGGAGGCAACCAAAGACCAAACAUCAGUUUUGACAAGCAGCAACCUGUUUUUGGACUUGAGGUUGUAAGGCCUGCAAAAAGGCCAGAGAGUUUGGCCUCCUUGCUGCCAUAUGACCAUAUGUCACCUCAUGUCUCUGAUGUUAAAUAUUUUGAGCUGCCACAACCAGAACUGUCUGAUGCAGAGAGAAUGCCCACCUAUGUAGUCCCCAAAACUAUCCCAGAAUCUUCUGUGGUCUCUGUCUUCACCUCCUCAAUAAAUGUGGUCCAGUCCAUGCCAUCAGAUAAUAUACAGAACUCUACUGAGCAUGCUGUUUCGCAGUCAGUUGCACAAAUGCAAACAACAAAUGAGAUAGGUCCUCAUGAAGACAAGACCUUGAUAGAGUCCUCUUAUGUUAUAAGUAGUGUUCAAAAAGUGGAUAGAAUACAAGAACAGACAAUAAGUUCAGAAUGUAUGACAAAGCUCCAUCAUUCUGAUCCAGAAAAGUCCCAGUCACAUCAUCUUGAUAAGGGCACCACAAGCAUGGAUGCUUUGCUACCCUUAUCACCACAAAUGUCUCCAUGGUCAACAUCUGUAUUGGCUGAUGAUACAGCUGAGAAUCAUACGGGUGACUUGUUUGAAGACAAGCUGCUGAUCAACCAGGAAGCUAGCAUUUUUCCCUCUGAAUAUAAGAAAAAGAGCGAAGGAGAGGAGGCUAUGAAAAGUAUGGCUGUGUCAAGAUGCUUUGAAGAUGUCAGUCGUGUUCCUUCUAUGCCCAACAUGGCACUUCUUCUUCCAGCCUGUCCCAAAACUGCUUUGCUACCAGGAAUGCCAUCUUUAACUUUUCCAGAAGGGUUGACCUAUAGGGCUUGGGAGUCUGUAAAAAUAUUUAAUGAGUGUAUUAAGGAAGAGAAACCAGCAGAAUGUCUUGACGUGGAAUAUGCAUUUUAUAACACAAGUACAGUGAAGAAUAUGAUGUUGCUACAGUCGGCAUGUCCAAGAACUGCCAACAUCCCAGGAUUUCCAUCAUUGCUAUUUCAUAUGGAACAAUCCCCCAACAUGGUUAGCCUCCUUUGGACAUGUCCCAAAGUCUCUCUAGUGCCUGGUUCACCUUCAAGAUAUCCAAUUAUUUGGUCAGAUGAAGGAUACUGUAAUAAGAAUUUGGUAUUAUGGGAGAGACAUUUUAGGAAAAGUAAUGAGCAAAGUUUGAUAAUGUCCUCAAUUAAAGCUAAAAAUAUGGCUGCAUUGAAACCAUCAUGCUCAGCAGCACCCAAGAUUCCUGGAUUUCCAUGUGCUCCAAAACCGGGUAUACCAACGAGUAUGGCAAGUAUUUUCCAAUGUUGUCCAAAAGUGUCCUACAUUGCUGGAUUUCCAUCUGUAAAAGACCUUAAUUCAUGUCAAAAUAGUGCCCAACUGUGGCCAUCCAACGAUGAUUUAUCUAUAAUAAUUGCACAAAGAAAUCUGUCAUAUUUGAACAUCCUUUUGCCUUUGGAAGACAUUGAUCUUAAUCAAUUAAGGGGAAUUGUGAGCAUAGUGCCAGCUUGCCCAGGAAAAGCAAGAAUUCCUGGUUUUCCAUCUGUACCAAAACAAAAACAAGACAUUGCAUACAACAUGACAAAAUUUGUACCUUCCUGCCCAAAAGUCACUUUGGUCUCUGGACUAUCUUCUAUACAGAUCCUUACAAAAACAGAUUUCGUUAAAGAAUGGCCAGAGAACAUGAAACCAGUUUGGAUUAAGACACUAGCAUAUCAGCCAUGUAAUUCAAUCUACCAAUGUCCAGAACAGUAUAAGAUUCCACAAGACAACAAUGCUAAUAAGAGAAUGGCAUCAAUAACACCAUCUUGCCCAAGACACGCAAGAACACCUGGAUCCCCUUCUGCACCAUGGCUUGCACCUGAAACCCAAAUAAUUUCUGGAACACUAUCAACCUGUCCACUGAUUGCUAAAACUCCAGGAAUAUCCUCCUUAAACAUGAGCAAAAUUGAUAAGGCUAUGGUAAAUAACUGGUCUUUUAAGGACAAUGCUCUUUUGGUGAGAAGGUGUUUAAAAGAAACACCAAUGAACCCAUCUAAGGAGAAGAAAGUUGCUUAUCAGGAUGAAGAACGUUUUAGAAUGCAUGCUAUUUUGCCAUGUUGCCCAGCUAAAGCAAGUGUUACUGGCUUUCCUUCUGCACAUCCUUUGGUCAUGGUUUUAAUUUCCCCUUCUUGCCCCACAGUUUCAAUAGUACCUGGAAUGCAAUCAAGCAAAAUAUCCAAAGUGGAAUUUCAGUGGUUUGUAAAUGAGACACCGUUAUGGGUUGAAAAACCGAAGAGUAGGCUUUGUCAACUCAAACAUCCUGUUCUGCCUCAGUACAGGGAAAUCAAGGAUGAAGCAAUCAAAAGAAAUAUGUUAGCUUUGCGACCAUCUUGUGCAACCAGUUCUAAACUGCCUGGCUUCCCAUCAGCACCAGGGCCAAAAAAGAAAGGAAAAGUACCAGAUAUGGUUUCUAUUAUGACAUGUUGUCCACAUCGUACUAAAUUAUCUGGUAUUCCAUCACUUGACUUAGGAAAUGGGACAUCUUUAGCCACAUGGCCUUUUAGGCACAUGCCUCUGUACAAGCGGAUCCUGAAGGAUGAGUCAAAUAUAAUAGGCACUUCAUUAAUAAACUGUGUGCAUCAGUCGAAUUUUCAAAUGGCAAAUAUGACUACUGUGCCAUCUUGUGCAAGGCAGUCAAGUGUGCCUGGAUUUCCAUCCACAUAUAGUUGUUUAUGGUCAACACAAUUUGAUGGCCAUAAACAAGGAUAUUCAAAAGUGCUUGGUGUGACAGAUGUUGAAGUAGAUCUUUUCUCGCCAAACAAAUCUGACCAUAGAUUUGUAUUAGAGGAGACCAAGGAGAUUAUAAACUUUUCGUCCAAGGAAGGAGAUAAGGGAAUCCUUGAGAGGGGGAACAUACAUUGCAGAAUGUGGCAUUCCAUACCAGACAUGCCACUAUUAUUGACUGUUGGGAAGAGAUCUGAAAGUGAUCAGAUCCUACCUUCUUCCACAUGCAGUGAGACUUACAUAGAUAGUCUGGCUAAAAACAGUGUGGUGGAUAAGGGUAUAAUAUGGACAUCAACAGAAAGACCAGAUCAGUUGGCUUAUGAAUUGAAGAAAGGACAGACUACCGAUGGUCAUACAGGAGUGCAGCAAAAUUGUGUACCAAACAUGGUAGAUCUUCUUCCAUCAUGUCCAUUGUUCUCCAAGGUUAUUGGAUGUCCAUCUACAGCCCUUUGUAGCCAACAUGAAACAGACAAAAUCAACUGGCCCACUGAUUUAUUUAUAAUUUGGGACAAGACACAUAAAUCUACAAAAAACAUUUUGUUAACACAAUUUCAGUCCCUCUCUGAGGUAUCUCUCACCUACACAUGUCCAAAUAAAACAAGAAUUCCUGGCUUUCCAUCUGCUAAGAGAACAGCUGUUUUGGGAAGACAUUUCAUGAGUGCAUUGUGUCCAUCUUGCCCAGAGACAUCAAUUGUUAUUGGCACACCUUCCCGGUCCCAAAUUCCAGAGAAAAAGGAUCAUGAGGAGUGGCUUAGCAUAAAAACGUCAUUUUUGGAAAAACACUCAAAACCUAAGCCAAUUUUAAAUAUUGAAUGUCCAGUUGAGUAUUCUGCCACUCCAAGGAUGGUGGCCAUGGUCUCAUGCUGUCCACAUUCAACAUGUAUUCCUGGUUUUCCAUCUGCACCAAUGAGCAAAGUAACAACUAUUCAGUCAUGGGAAGAGUCAAGUCAGGAAAAUCUCUUAUCUACUAAUCCAAAAGAUUCAACAAUUGCUGAGUUGAAACAGAAUAUUGAUGCCAAGUGUGCAAAGGAGGCACCUCAUGAUAAUUUAACCAUACAAUCUCAAAGAGCUGCACAGAUGUUGGAUUCUAUCCCUAUAGCUCAAAUAGAGCCAAGUAUGUUGGAGCUUUUUCCAUCUUGUCCACUGCUUUCUAGUAUCCCAGGAUAUCCAUCUUUAAGGGACCUUCCAAGUGUAGAGUGGAUUACUGAAAAGUCAAUAAUAUCCUGCAAUUUAUUGAUGGAGAAACCAAUUGGAAUUUUUGACACUGGCACUGGAAAAGUUGGCGAUCACUCAGAGAUAGCAAUGGCACCAACAUGCCCACAAGCGUCAUGUAUUCCAGGAUUUCCAUCUAGACCUCAUCCUAAAUCACACAUUAGGCCAAGCAUGCAAAACAUUUACUUCUCUUGCCCAACAGUUUCUUAUAUAGCUGGCUGUCAGAGCAUCCAGACACCUAAAACAUCCAACUGGCCUAUGAAUGCAGUAACCAUGUGGUCAAUCCCAAUGAAACUUCCUGUUGUUGUGGACAUGGACACACUACCACAACAAACCAUUUCUAGAAUGUUUGCAUUAUCUCCAACAUGUCCAUCAGUCGUCUGUAUCCCAGGUUUUCCAUCUGUGCCCAAACCAAUAAUGCUACACAUCCUUCCAACUUGCCCCGAGAAGUCUAAUAUUAUUGGAUUUUCUUCUAAAGGGGGACUAAAGCAUUUAGACUGGUCAAUUGACAAGAAAACAUUGUACAGUAUACCUCUUAGAAGCAAGCAUGUUGCUAUUGUUGAAAGACUGGAUUGGAUCAAUGACUUAUCAAAAAUAAUGUUUGCAUUGACCCCAACCUGUCCACUACAAGCAAGCAUACCGGGAUUCCCAUAUGCAUAUAAGCACAAAGUUAAGCUGCCUCCCAGUAUGACUGAAAUUCAUCAGUGUGUUCCGAAGAUGUCAAAAAUCAUUGGAUUUUCAUCAAGUGAACAUAAAGUGAACGCAGAAUUGUGGCUUACUAAUGAAAAGUCCCUAAUGGAGAAGCCACUGAAACCUAAAUCAGAACUACUUGUACAAUUUUCUGUGGAUUCAUCAUCUGAGCAAAUUUACAUGUGUAUUUUGCACAUGUUUUCACUAGUGUCAACCUGCCCAAGAGAAGCUUGUAUACCUGGUUUUCCCUCUUUACCCCACAUUAAAGUGGAAGGUUUCUAUCUCAAUAAACAGCCAGACAUAGUCAACCUUUUACAUUCAUGCCCAAAGUUUUCUUUCAACUUAGGCAUUCCUUCAGUAAAUUUUGUACCUAUAGAGGAAUCUCAGCUUAACAUGUGGUCAACUCAGAGAUCGAUGUGGAUCAAACCCUUUAAGGAGAGACUUGUUUUGUCUGUUGGUCAUACAAAGAUUUAUGAAGAAGAUUCCAAAACUAUGAUCUUGCUUGCUCCUACCUGCCCUGAUAAGGCACAAAUCUAUGGGUUUCCUUGCUUAGAAAGGCCCAUAAAAGAAAAGUGCACAAUGACAUCUAUUGUGCAACCUUCUCCAGAAGUUGCCCAGCCUGUAACCAAUGAAAUACAUUUCAACAACAAAGUAAUGGAUGUGCCAUGUGGUCCAGCUGACGCAAAACUUCUUGGUUUGACAGAUACUUCUACAAGUUCUGUAUUAAGUCCACCCCACCAACAUACUGAAUCUGAAUCCAUAUUUACCCAACACGUAGAAUCAGAAAGAAAUCAAUUGCCUGAAAUUAAAGAAACUGACAAGGCCAUAAAAAUAGAAUGUAUUUAUGAGGUGGCCUUGCCUAAAGGUAUCAGUAGCGAACCGGAGUAUUUUCUGGAAGAGCAACAUUUUGGAGAGCAAUCUUCUAGUAAAUCCCACGAUACCACAGAGCAAGGGGAUACUGAUAUAGUAUUAGGAUGGGAAGUCUUGGAAGCAGAUGAUACUUCUACAGAAAAUGAAGGAUCUUCUGGUCUUGUAAAGACUAUAGUUGAUGUCUUUCACAAAGGUUAUGAGACCGUUGCAGCAAUAUGGCAGCCCUCUAGUACCGAAUCAGUCUUGGACACAUUAGAUACUGCCAACACCCUUUCUUUUUCUAUGGAUCAUGAGGACAGAAGCAUUCAACAGGCCAGUGGAUUGGAGGCACUCGGGCAGGCAGCAGAGCCUGAAGGGUUAGAUUUUGCUGAACCCUACAUGUGGCGUUUGGUUAGUGGUCGUUCGGAAUCAUCACUCUCAUCAACAGAGAAUGAAAGCUGUUCUUUAGAAGAAGAGGAUUUUUGUCUAAUGAGGAAAUGGCCCCCUUUGACAGAGGCUGAUCUUAAUGAGAUGACCAAAGAGGAACAAGAGGACAACAUGCGUGUUGACUCAUUAGUGCAAGAGGGGACGGGUGUUGCUCAAGAGCAGGAUUUUAAGAAAACUAAUAGUGUUGAUGAGAAUGUGAUGGAGGACGUUGUAAAGUUAAAGAGAGUACAAGAUCAAGCAGAAGCAGAAUUUUCGGCCACAUUAUUGCCAGAAAAGGGGCCACAACACUUUAAUGAACAAGAAGUCUCUCAUUUCUUCCAACUGACAAAGGCCGAAUUAACUGAUGAAGAGACACUGUCUAUAUCCUUACCAUCCUCACAAACAAUAAGUAACAUAAAAACCAAUGAAGAGCAGACUGUUGAUUCAGCGUCAAAAGAACUAAUGCCACCAAGAAGAACCAAGAAAGAAGAGAAUUCAUCAUUAUUGACACUAGGUUCCAAUUCAGCUGUGAAAUCCUCUGAACCAGAUACUCAGUGUGACAGGAUCUGUGUCAUAAAACAAACAUACGAUUCCCAGAGUAUAUCACAUAAUGUACAGCAUCAUGGUGAAGAUGUUACAGACUCAGAAAAAGUGGCAGAAACAGAAAAACUCUCCAUCAUCAAAAGUUCUUCAGCUACAUUAGAUGAGGGUCCAUCUUUAGAGAAAGUGUUAGAGUCUCAUCCAAUACCUGUACCGUUAACACGGGCCAAAAACCGUCAGACUGACACUUUAAAUGAUGAUGUCUCUACAGUAGAGGCUGCUGAAAAAGAAACAAAGGUGGACAAAAAUGUUGCGUGUCCAUCAGGAUCCCAAAAAGAGAACUCCACAACUCAAGAAAAUGUUAAUCUUGGGUCUUCUACAUUUUACACAUUACAACCUGAUAAUUGGUCUGAUGGGCAGGCACUAACAGUCACACAAAUAUAUGCCCCUAAAAGGCAGAAGAGUAAAGUUCAAUCCAUUAAAGACAGUGCAGGAGAGUCUGAAGUAAAGGGCUCAGAUUUACCGUUUGCAAUGCCACGUGUGAAGAAGCAUCUCAGUUGUUCAUUUCCAGAUGAUCUUCCAAUCUCCUCCGCCUUCUCUCUGGGGGAUUCCGAUAAUAUUGUUACCCAAAAUGAAGAGCAUCAAGAUUCAAGUAUGCUGGUCCCAAUGCCCCGUCUGAAAAAACGUCUUAUUGGUACUUUUCAAGAUGAUAUUCCAACCCCCUUAUCUUGUGGGGAUAAAAGUAGUGUUGGUCCCCAAAAAGAAGAGCAACAAGGCUCAGAUUUACCGGUUGCAAGUUCACGUGAGAAGAAACGUUUGAGUGGUUCAUUUCCAGAACUUCCUGAAAAAGAAGAGCAUCAGGGCACAGAUUUACCAGUUGUACUGCCACGUGUAAAAAAGCGUCUGAGUGGUUCAUUUCCAGAAGAACCUCCUGAAAAAGAAGAGUAUCAGGGCUCAGAUUUACCGGUUGUACUGCCACGUGUGAAGAAGGGUCUGAGUGGUUCAUUUCCAGAAGAACCUCCUGAAAAAGAAGAGUAUCAGGGCUCAGAUUUACCGGUUGUACUCCCACGUGUGAAGAAACGUCUGAGUGGUUCAUUUCCAGAAGAACCUCCUGAAAAAGAAGAGUAUCAGGGCUCAGAUUUACCGGUUGUACUGCCACGUGUGAAGAAGGGUCUGAGUGGUUCAUUUCCAGAUGACCUUCCUGAAAAAGAAGAGUAUCAGGGCUUAGAUUUACCGGUUGUACUGCCACGUGUAAAGAAGCGUCUGAGUGGUUCAUUUCCAGAUGAUCUGCCUGAAAAAGAAGAGUAUCAGGGUUUAGAUUUACCGGUUGUACUGCCACGUGUAAAGAAGCGUCAAAGUGGUUCAUUUCCCGAUGAUCUUCCUGAAAAAGAAGAUCAUCAAGGCUCAGAUUUACCAGUUGCAAAGCCACGUGAGAAGAAAAAUUUGUGUGGUUCAUUUCCAGACGAACUUCUGGAAAUUAAAGAGCAUUGGGUAUCAGAUUUACCUGUUGUACUGCCGCGUGUGAAGAAGUGUCUAAGUGGUUCAUUUCCGGAUUACCUUCCUGAAAAAGAAGAGCAUCAGGGCUCGGAUUUACUUGUUGCAAUACCACAUGAGAAGAAGAAUUUGAGUGGUUCAUUUCCAGAUGAACUUACUGAAAAAGAAGAGCAUCGGGUCUCAGAUUUACCGGUUGUACUGCCACAUGAAAAUAAAAAAUUUAGUGGUUCAUUUCCAAAUGAUCUUUCUGAAAAAGAAGAGCAUCAGGGCUCAGAUUUACCAAUUGUACUGCCGGGUGUGAAGAAGCGUCUGAGUGGUUCAUUAACAUAUGACCUUCCUGAUCCUUCUGCCUGUCCACCACCUUUUGUACAAUCAGUUGAUGUUAGUAUUGGUGAGAGAGUUUCAGCUGAUACAAUCAGACCUGAUAUAGUUACCCACUCUAAAAUGCACUUCAGUGCCAGCUUUUCUGGUGAGACCCAUCUAAGCUUCUCUGAAGUUUUAUGUUGUGCAGGCUUAGAGGAGGGACAGCCUCCCUUUUCAGAAAAUGGACAAUAUUCUGUUGAAAUUGCCAAAGAGGAUUCCACAGAAGACACACAACUCCCUCCACAACUGAUAAACGAAGUAGGGAUAGGAAUCAUGGAGAAUGUAAACACCUCAACUGCCCGUGAAAUGAAACUAAACAUAAAAGGUGUAAAGGACUCUGAUAUGGUAAAUGUUGAGCAGAUUGCUACUGACCUGACAGCAGUCUGUGAAAAAGACAUUGGUGCUGCACUUGAUGAACAUGUUUGUGAGGACAAUUUGGGCAUGACCCCUGUAGAUGACACAGGUGUUGGCUUAAAUGUUUCUAGGCAAGAAACAUCAGACAAUACACCUAAUCUUCCUGUGCCAAUGCCUCGCAUAAAGAAACGUUUAAGCGCCUCUUUCCCAGAAGACAGUUCAAUUCCCUCAUCAGCCUAUCAAAGUGAAGUUUCAGUAAAGGGCAGUGAUGAACCUAUAGUCCCCGUUCGUAAUAAAAGGAGAGCUGCAGCAGAUGCCAUGGACCUUCAAGGAAUUUCCACAGAUAACACUGCACCCAAUGAAACAGAGAUGGCAAGCUUGGUGUACUCAAGUCAGUCUCUGUUGGAAUGGUGCCAAAACGUCACACAAGGCUACAAGGGUGUGAAGAUCACAAAUUUCAGCACCUCGUGGCGAAACGGCCUUGCCUUCUGUGCCAUCUUGCAUCACUUCCACCCUAAUAAAGUGAAUUAUGAAAUGCUGGAUCCAUAUGACAUUAAACACAACAACAAAAAGGCAUUUGAUGGCUUUGCUGAACUUGGAAUCUCCAGGCUGAUAGAACCCUCAGAUAUGGUGCUGCAGGCAGUGCCCGACCGGCUCAUUGUGAUGACUUAUCUCAAUCAAAUCCGUACGUUUUCCACGGGUCAGGAGCUCAGUGUCAUACAGAUUGAAAAGAACAGCAGUGAGUCCAGUUACGCUGUGGGUGAGAAGAGGGAGGAAGCUGACCCCGAAGCUGCUGCUCGCUACUGUGCCGAACGACUCCAGAGCAGCGGCAUCACUCUUGAGAACAGUGCGAACUCGGCUGAAGGACAAGUUAAGGGAGAUUCUGGUGCUUUGAUGCCACUUCCAAGAACCAAGAGAACUCAGGGCCUAAGCCAAGCUGGAGGUUCAGGGGGCACACAGCCUCCAGUGGCUCCACCCAGAACUCCAUCCAAGGCUUUUUCUCAUGUUAGAGAUGCAGAUCUAGUAAAAAAGCGCAGAUCACAGCUACGGGAAAGUUCACUGGAUGAAGCUGAUAUGCAAGAACAGCAGAGUGCUAUAGAGUCUACAUCGGGCCUAGCAGAAACUGAAGGAAGAAGUUCAGAGUCACAAAACGUAGCGGUUGCUGAAGGAGGCGCCACCGGAGACAAGCAGGAUAUCAGUCAGUAUGUGUUGAGUGAGAUGCAGGCCCUGGAGACUGAACAGAAGCAAAUAGAUCAUAGGGCAGAUAUUGUGGAGAGGAAACUGAGAAAACUUAUGGAAACUGGUAAUGAUCGUGUAGAAGAAGAGAAACUGAUUCAGGAGUGGUUUACUCUGGUCAACAAGAAAAAUGCUUUAAUCAGGCGACAAGACCAUCUACAGUUAUUACAAGAGGAACAAGAUUUAGAGAGAAGGUUUGAGCUGCUGAAGAAAGAGCUUCAAGAUCUAAUGGCUGUAGAAGAAUGGAAGAAAACACAGGCUCAUAAAACCAGAGAGCAGUUGUUGUUGCAGGAGUUGGUGUCUUUAGUUAAUCAGAGGAAUGAGCUAGUGCAUGACAUAGAUGCCAAAGAAAGAGGGGCUCUUGAAGAGGACGAAAGGUUGGAGAGGGGUCUGGAAUUGAGGCGCAGGAAGUAUGGAAGUCGUAAAGAAAAGUGUGUGUUACAGUGAGGGAUGAUUUGAGCCUGUAUCUAUGCGGGACUGUCUCCUUAAACACUCAACGGACUAGUGUGGUGUGUGUGGACCAUAUCACAAUAAAUGACAAAGAGUAGAUCAGCCCCUCAGUCUGCAUGUUGAAAAGGAUUCUGUACAGUCAGUAAUGCUUAUUUUGGGUGAAUUAAGAGUUUUUUAUCUUUUAAAAAACUUCUAGUCUGCAGAUAUCUUGUGUGAAAAAGUAAAAUGGACUGCUCUUUUUAAUAUAUAAUAUAUAAACUGUGGCUUUUGUAGUGUUACUUACCUGCAGUGUUAUUUUAUUUGUUUGUAUAACUCAGAUGAUGAACAUUAAUUGUAAUUAAAUUCUGACCUACAAAGCUAUGUAUAAUGUUACAUAAUCCUAAAGUUGAAAUAGGUUGAUGUUUAGUCCAAGCUUAAAGAAAAGAAACAGGUUUGUGAUGUGUAAAACCAGAAAAAAACAAAUCUAAGCUUUUGGGAGAAUGUUUUCUCCUAGGUCAUUAAAAUGUGUAACAAAAAUUGUUUUAGCCAAACAAAAAGCAAUGUGGUGAUAUACUGUACCAUAUAGUGGUAUACACUUAGGUAUAAACAAACUGAUGUAUGGGAGAUAGUAAGCAUUUUAACUUUUGCACAAAGAAACCAUACAUAUUUUCCAAUAGUGCACUAUGUUUGGGUUUUUAUGCUAAUGAUUUGCACACUCAGGUAAUUCCAGUUUACCUGUUGCCUGAUACACAGAAAACUAAUCUUUGUUUGUGUUUGAGUGAUAUUUUGUUUGUCUUAGGACUGCGCCUUAAGACUGAAGUGAAUUUAACAAAUGUUAUAAGUAUUUACAGUGACUAUCACAGUUAUACAUAUUAUUAGGUAUUUGAAACGAAAUCAAUUCAGAGGAAAUUCAGGAUAUUUUGUGUUGGAUUGCUCAGAGAAUUUUUUUUUGGUCAAAAUGUAUAGUAAAACAAGCAUGACCUUUUCAGAUAGAUACUGCUCACAUCACAGUGUAAACCGAGUGUUUUCUUUUUGGUGUGUGAUUUUAUCUUUAGGUGCCCGGUUGUAUAGACUUUAUGCUCUUUGCAUUAUCCUUUUCUGGGCACAUUUUUGCAAUAUUAUUAUUUGUCAUUAUUUCUAUUGUUACACCCCAGAGCUGACACAUUUGGAAAAUAAAAGGGUUUACAAUUCUAUA